GGCCCGCCAUUUUAGUUUCGUAAUUUGAUUGAUUUGUUGGCUUGCCGUUGCUACCGAAAGCUUUACAAUUUAGUAAAAUAAGAACCAAUAAAUUAGUCUUAUAAUUUAGUUUUGUGUCGGUUAACCGAGAUUAAAUGAUUAACUUAGAUUUAUAAACACUGAGUACGGAAUUGGCCAAAUCGUCGAUUCAAUAUGUCAGCACACGAGCAAAUGAGGGCAAUGUUGGACCAAUUGAUGGGCACAGCUCGCAAUGGUGAAACAGAUAGACAUGGUGUCAAAUUUUAUGACGAUGCAGUGUGCAAAUCGUUUUUAUUACAAUGUUGUCCUCAUGAGAUCUUGUCAUCCACGCGAAUGGACCUAGGUGAGUGUCCAAAAAUACAUGAUUUGGCUCUUCGUGCAGAUUAUGAAUUAGCAUCAAAAACCAAAGACUAUUUCUAUGAUAUUGAUGCAACAGAACAUUUAGAGGCCUUUAUAGCCGACUGCGAUCGUCGCACCACCGCGGCCAAGCAACGUCUAGCAGAAACACAGGAAGAACUGUCCGCCGAAGUAACAGAAAAAGCAAAUGCCGUUCAUGAAUUAGCUGAACAGAUUGGUCAGAAACUGGCUCGGGCUGAAGCGCUAGGCGAGGAGGGUAUGGUAGAAGAAAGUGUCAAACUCAUGGGAGAGAUCGAUGAACUGCGCAAGAAGAAAGCAGUUGCUGAGCAGGAAUAUCGCAAUUCUAUGCCAGCUUCCUCAUACCAACAACAGAAAUUACGUGUCUGUGAAGUGUGUUCCGCAUAUCUGGGUAUACAUGAUAAUGAUAGACGGCUAGCAGAUCAUUUUGGAGGGAAACUUCAUCUUGGAUUUAUUACGAUUCGGGAGAAAUUAGCUGACCUCAAGAAAACAGUAGAUAAACGUCGAGAGGAACGCGGUGCUUCUGAGCGCGAGCGCAGCGGGGGUCGUCGUCACUACGUCGGCGGGCGUGAGCUCGACCGGCGCGCGAGGCGACACCGCGAGUCCGCGCGCGACCGAGACCGCAACAAGGAGACCGACCGCGACCGUGACCGAGAACGGAAGGAUAGGGACCGCGAUCGUGAACGCGAACGCGAAAGGAGGCGCAGUCGGUCUCGCAGUAGGAGUAAACGCGAGGAGUCUCGCGAGCGGUCCCGCGGUCGUGACCGAGACCGCGAACGGGAACGUGAGUCCCGACGUAGUCGCUCCCAUCGCUCCUCGUCCAAAGAACGUAGGCGAGAAUAACCAACAGCAUAUUUAAUUGUAAUAAUUUAUAAUAGUCCACUUUCUCUCUCAAACUUACUGCGUGAAGUUUCAAAUAUACAAUUAAUUCUAAAACAACCAUACCCUUUAAAAAUCAUAGCCAUAAUUGUGAGAAAUCUGCUUCUAUGGUUUGGUUCUACUGAUUGCAUUAUUAUUUUAAUGCAAUGCUUGGAGGAUUCUAUAACUACCCGGGUCUUCCCGAAGCAUGCACGUGAGUGUAAACCAAGAAAUAAAUAUUUUUAAUGGGUUUUAGAGUAAUAAAAUUGUUUUAUGACAACUGAUACUAUAGUGUAUACAAUAGUGAGCUCGAAGUUUUCUUUCAUCACUUAUUUUCCUCACUAUUUUAAGAAAAUUAGUUUCCUGAGGAUGUAUACAGAUUUUUGUUGUUAAAAGAAACUUUAUUUCGCUUACUGCUCAUGAAACUACUUUGUUACAUCACGCCUGAAGUCUAAAACGAUUAGAAUCGUACCUUGACUAUGCUUUUUUGACUGACAAUAUUUUAUUAAAUACUGUAAUUUAAUACCAGUCUAUGUGUAUAUCCGUAUUUUCUGAACGAUCCUGCACAAGAAUUUAGGAAAAUGAUCUUAAAGCUAUAAAUACUACAGCAUGUAUAUAGUAUGGAACUGAAACAAUGGAUCGUUUAGGCACUAGCAUAGGUGAUAUUAAAAAGUUAUAUUUUAGUUCUAGAAUGUCUUUGUAAGACUUGUUAGCUGUAACGUAUUAUUAUUUGAAAUAUAAGUAUAUUUCAAGUCGGUAUAGGUACCUAGUUCAUUUGCGCUAGAUUUUAAAUGGGAUGAAGUUACUUCAGAUAUUGUUGAAGCGAUAUUAAUAUGUCAGAAACAAGUCAAAAACAUUACAACAUUUUUUUAUGAAAGCAUGAUAUAAAAUGUAGAUUAGUGCUUUUCGUUUGUUAAAAUUAAAAUCAUAAUAACAUAGA